CAGGGUCCAGGGAGACCAGAUAUAGUGAAUGAGGGGUCCGGGGAAACCAGAUAUAGUGAAUGCAGGGUCCUGGGAGACCAGAUAUAGUGAAUGCAGGGUCCGGGGAGACCAGAUAUAGUGAAUGCAGGGUCCGGGGAGACCAGAUAUAGUGAAUGCAGGGUCCGGGGAGAACCAGAUAUAGUGAAUGCAGGGUCCUGGGAGACCAGAUAUAGUGAAUGCAGGGUCCUGGGAGACCAGAUAUAGUGAAUGCAGGGUCCUGGGAGACCUGAUAUAGUGAAUGCAGGGUCCGGGGAGACCAGAUAUAGUGAAUGCAGGGUC